AUGAUCAUGGAAGGAAUUGGGGAUGAGAUGGCAAAAAGGAGUGGAGGUGGUGAUGAUGGUCUAGAGAUGGCAUUCGUUGCUUGUUUAUGGCAUCCUGGUGAUGGUGUGGUUGCAGAAGGCAAGGCGUGUUUUGAGGUAGGAAGGAGAUGGGGAGCAAUAGUGGUGGGUUGGGAAGUGUUGUGGAUAAUGGUGGUGAAAGGGAGGAAAUUGGGAAAAGGUGUUGUUUGUGGGAAUGUGGUUCAUAAGGGUGGUAUUGAUGGUGUCGUGGUUGGAUUUCAAAUGAUGAAUAUCCAUGGUAGUGUAGAAAGAUUGAUAAUGGACAUCUUGGGAAUCUAA